AUUAAGCUGUUGAUGCAUGUAGACAACGGACUAAGAAUGAAAUUAAGUGCAGCAGUAACGAACAAUUAUGUGGACUGAAAGAAAGGAUUAUUAAUUAAUUCGGAUUAACAGAAAUAGUCAUUAGAAUGUGAUGAUGAAAUAUAUAUUAUUCAGCAGGAGAUCGUUAUUUGUUUGGUUGAUUUCACUAGAAUUAACGUACAUCUUAGCAGUGGUUUACCUCGUCCAUUCCAACAUCGGCAGGGAUGACGACAGGAGGAGACUUCAGGAAGUGGUCAAACGUUCUGAUCAGUGCGAGAAAACACGUACGCAAACACUCUCCUCAUCGUCCAAUUUUUUUUACGCAUGUGCGAAGGAAAUUAAAUUGUACGAAAACAUGUUUGCGGUACUAAAUCAUGUUGUGAUUGAACCUUCUGGGGAUUGUCUUUACCAGAAUAAUGACACUUGUGGAUUCAACAUGAAAUUUCUAUCCACCCAUUGCAGAAAUCGGACAGAUUUAAGAGGAAUGCAUUUAAAAGAUCCUAUCCUUUCGUGGUUGAAAGCGUUAAAAAUAACAAACAAGAUCUCUGACAAGCCACAUUCUAGUCGGGGUGUCGGGUUUAUCGUGGCACGACACGAUGUGAAUAAUUUGUACCACACGAUGACGCAGAUUUACAACAUUGUGGUAGCAAAACAUCUUCUGCAAAUCACGUACAAUGAUAGCGUGAUUAUUUUUGUGGAUGUCCAUAACGAGAAAACAAUGUUACAAGAACUCUGGAACUCUUUAUUCAAGGACGCUAUACAUACCAGGAAACCAAUGCCAAGGCUUUAUUUUGAUACUCUAGUAAUGAUAAAUUCUGGUUACGAAGGACAUCUUAGUCAUUUACGCUUACCAAAUCUGCCAUUCAUUUCAGAAUUUACGGAAUUCUUUACGAGAAAAUUUGAAAUUUGCAGACGAAGAGAAUUGAAUUGUUUAAAUAUCAAUAUUUUAAUUAUUCUAAGGCAGGAUACUAGAAACGAAAAUGACACUCUUUUAGUUACAGAGAGGAAAUUCCACAAUGAAAGACAAAUGCUAUCACAGUUAAGGAAAGAAUUUCCUAAAUAUAACAUUAGGGGUGUCCGACUUGACAGUUUUCCCAUAAGAACUCAGUUUUCGUUCAUUUCACAGACAGACUUUCUGAUAGGAAUGCACGGUGCUGGAUUAACAUACACGCUGUUCCUGCCGGAACAUGCGGGGGUGCUCGAAUUGUUUCCCAGUUAUAGGGACACCGGAAACACGCAUUACAGGACCAUCUCAAAAUGGCGAAAUUUAUUCUAUCGAGCAUGGCAGAACUUCAACUUGAAAAACGAAUUUCCAAAUUUUGAAACUCGUUUUUCUGCAAGAACUAUAGGGUAUUAUAUAAUGGAGUAUAUCAAUGCCAAGUGCAAAACUGUUCAAUGAGUUAUCUGUUGUAGACUAUUUGUUUAAACCACUGUCUAUAGGAAUCAAAAAUAGAGACCGUAUCUUGAACCGCCUGAGUUGAUAAAUUGAAUAAUCUUGACAGAGACUCUUUUUGUUUAUACUUAUCGGAAAAAUAUUGAUAAGGCUUUUCAUUGAAUUUUUGGGAAUAGGACAUGGGUUCAACUCCCUAGACCAUCACGCACUGCGCGCAUGAAUACUUUGCCGUGGGCCUCUUCGCAUCCUCGUUUUGUUUGAAAAGACGUACGUCCCACAAAACGCUCCCCAAACAAUAUAAUCCAAUGAUUUAAAACAAAGAGAGCUGAUCACUGUAAAACUGUAUGAAUAUGUUUGUUUUCCUAAAUGAUAGGAACAGAUCUAAGUAUUUACACGAGUAUUUUCUUUUGUAUUUGUAAACGUUAGACACUACCAUCAUGAUGUAUA